AUGCUAGACAAUAUGAGAUAUGCCCUGGAUUGGUGUCUGUUCGAUUUUCCUCACGGUGACAAUGAGACAGCUUCAGAUCAAUGUACCACAGCUUGCGGAAGGAUAUCGAAUGCUCUCGAGAUCAAUCUACUUGAUGCCGCAGCCUCGUCUACUUACGAUUACUGUCAAGACCCAGAAUUCCUUCCGAACGCUGAAAGCUGUGCGUCGUGUUACGAGAAUGUCCCAAACCAACUCUAUCUAUCAAAUUGUAAGCAUUCUUCUCUCGCAAGCGAAGAUCGUUGCCCUGAUGGAACGUACUUAGUUCUCCACACCCUCGAGUAUGCAUGCCAAAAUCAGCCGUCGCCCGUGCUCCCCUUCCCCGUAAAACCUUCUGACAUCUUCACCUACCAACCCCCAUCUAAUUUCUCCGAUCUCGGUGCCAUCAGCACUUCUUCUCAUGGUAUCUCCCACGACGCCCGAGUCGCUAUAGCGAUCAGCGUUCCCGUUGCCGUAUUUCUUAUCUUUUCCUUGCUCCUCGUCUACUUCUAUGUCCAUAAGAAUGCUCCCCCAGAUCGUCCCCGCCACUGCAACCACCACACAAACCGCCAGCCCAACUACAGCGAAAAGCACGUAUCCAAAUCCACGUCAGCCUGGAGUAAAACCCCGCCACGGAACGGUGUCAACUCUCGGAAUUGUUCAUCUAAUUCGGCCUCGCAUCAAGUUCCCUAUCCGGCUCCAUUGAAACCAGCAAAAGUCGCCGUGCGAGCUCCUCUUCGCACUCGGAACUCCCCAAUCCCGUUCUCAAGGAAUUACUAUCAACCAACGAACUAUGGCCUCGAGCAACCAUCCAAACCUCCACCGCCAGCGACCUACACUCCCGAAAUGUUACCAGCAACAAGAUACUCACCUCCACAUCCGCAUUCGACCUUUUUGGAACCUCACAAACCCCGACCUGGCCCUUCAAAAGCAGGUCUCGUCUCUUGGGAGCGCGUCGCUAUCCAAAAUGCCCAGAUACGAGCUGAGCAAGGCCCGAGUCCCAGUCCGAUCAGCCCCUUGACGCGAGUACAGGUUGUACCAAUGCCAAGGAGUCCUAGUCUGCGAAGUUCUGGGUUGAGACGUGAAAGGUUUCCUGUGGUGCCUGCUUCUCAAAGUCCUGUGUCGAGGGAGGAAAGACAUAGUGCGUUACGGAGUCCUGCGUCAACUGAGCAAAGGCAUUCCGCCUUGACGAGUCCUAUAUCGAGAGAGGAAACGCACCCUGCAUUAAGGAGCCCCAGCUUGAGCGAGGAGAUGCAUGCUGCGUUAAGAAGCCCCAGUUCAACGGAAUACGGACAGGAUACCCCUCACAGACGCGACAGCCCUUUUCCUCCAAGGAAAGAAAGCCAGGACAGCACUUUCAGACGCGUUAGCCCAUUCCCGCUCAGACAAGGCAGCAUCUCCAGGCAAAGCACACCUUUCCGCCAAGAACGCCUGGAGGCGCAGGAAAUGGUAGACAGACAGGAACGGCAGCGGAUGGGUGAGAUACCGGAAUGGGAGGGUCUGGGAAGAGAGGAGGGUCAGGAAAGUUGGUAUGAGAAACAGAGGGCGAGAGCUGAUACGCCGCAGCCUGAUGAUGGGAGGUCGGUCAGGGAUACGAGGGGGAGUCGGGACGGCGUAAUGAGGAGUGGGAGUGGGAAGAGUGUUGAGAGAGCGGCAAGGAAAGAGGUUAGAUGGAGUAAGGAUGUUGAUUAUGAAGGAUGA